UUAUUUAAACUGUAAAAAGUGUGAUCUGGACUGAUUAUUCUGCUGUCGUGUUCAGGUCUGGGUGGCAGCGUGAGGUCGGGCGCUCCUGCUAUUUUAUCCAGUGGGUGUAAAGUUUCGCCCAGACAUGGACACACCUCCAGAGGGAGUUCCUGGGAGGAGGAGGAGGAGGUGGUGGUGGUGGAGACGGGUAACCAGACGUUUCUCCUGCAGAAAGACUUUCCCCAAACUGGGAGCCAGUGGUAGCGUCGGCCCGCGGCUGUGCGUCCUUCCAUCCAGCGGUGGCGCGGCGGCCGUGCCAGAAAAGGGAGGAGAUGGUCGGCUCUUUACGCGCGGCUGCGCUGCUGGCCUGUGUGGUUCUGUGCGCGCUGCUGUUGCUCCUGAUCAGCGGCGUGCAGCAGUUUGGAGCCCAACUGUACGCUGAUGAUGAGGAGGUGCUGCUGCGGCAGCUGAAGGAGAGACGGAGGGAGCGAAACGAUCCAUCAGGGGGGGAAAGUCGCUUGCUCGUGGAUUCCAGUGGCUCCACGGAGGCGCAUCUGGAUGAAAUGGGUUGCGAGGCUCUGGUGGGCAUGCAGGCGCUGGAGGUGCUCGGGUCUGGAUACACCAAGCUGGUUUUCAAAGCGAGCCUGUCCGGAGGUCAGUCCGUGGCUUUAAAGCUGGUCAAUGAGCAGGGCAUAGAUAUGAAAAAGUGUUUGGAGGAGUUCAGGGACCCCGAGGGCUGCCGGGAGCUGAUUUCCUACAAACUGGAGAAGGAGAUGAUCCUCCUGCGUAAACUGCAGCAUCCAAACGUCAUAAAGCUGAAGGGUCACUGUGCAGGAGUCCAGGGAGGGCGAGGAGUCGAGGCCGGACGUCUGGCGAUCAUCCUGGAGCGGGGGGAUCCUCUCCAGAUGAUCCAGCUGCUCCAGAGCCCCUGGGAGGACAGAUUCAGGGUGUGUCUGGACCUGGUCCGGCUCCUUCACUUCCUGUCCCGGUCUCCGCUGGGCUCCAUAGGCCUGCUGGACUUCCAGCCGCAGCAGUUCGUCACCGUGUCCGGCGAGCUGAAGCUCACCGAUCUGGAUGACGGGAGCGCGGAGGAGACGCCGUGUCAGACGGACGCCGACUGCACGCUCCAGUUCCCGCAGCGAAACUUCUCCGUGGCCUGCUCGGCUCAGGGCUCGUGCGAGCGUCUGAACGAGAAGAGGAACAUCUACAACGCCUACAGGUAUUUCUUCACCUACCUGCUGCCUCACCAGGCCCCGCCCAGGCUCACACACCUGGUCGACCACAUCAUGAACAGCACAGGCGAGCUGAAAGCUGACGUCAAUCAGACGCUGGAGGCCUUCGAGCACAUCCUCCACCUGUAUGAAUCAGGACUACACCUGGAUGACAUUCCUGCAUCCAUACUCAGAGACGCCCGGUUCCCAUGCAGGCAGGACAAUGCCGACCUUUGGGAGUGCUGCAGGACAAGCGUCGCAAACAAAGACUGUCAAGGAACUAAAUUGGGAUGAGAAGCUGGAGUUUUUGAGCAAAAGUAGCAUCACAUGAACAUAUUUUGACUCUUAAUUCUUCUAUUUCUGAAUUUUUUAAUGUGGUUAUAUGUGUGUUGCUUUUAUAAAUGGACUUCCAUUAAAAACAAAUCAAAAUGUCAAUGUUGACACAGUUGAUAUAUUCAUAAAUGUCAAUUAGAGACAUAUUUCAACUGUAAGUGGAUUUAAGUUUAAAAAAAUGAAUAAAACAAGAUUUUUUUUUUGUUUUAUUUGUUGCAAAAAAAAUGUGAAAAGUCCCUGGUAGCUGCUCUGCUCUCUGUUUGCCAGAGCUCAUGGGGUCAAGAGGUCUUAGAGGGGUGAAGGUUUAGGUUGUGUUUGCAGAAGGGCCUUCGGGCUCCUCUGCAAACGUGAGCCGAAGAUCAAACGGAGGAGCCGGUCCGGCGUGAAAGCUGGACCCGCAGGUCGGCGUAGCAACAGUGACAGGCCUCUAUGGGAGAGAUCACAGAGUCAGGAACCCUCCGACAUCUCACCCUCACGUCCCCUCCCCAACAUCCGCCGCUAAAUCCUCCCCUCCCUGACACUGGAAAUGCUGGACAAGUCUAGCAUCUGACCCCACUUAGUCACAUGCUGAACCUUCGCCUCGUAAUAAUCCUGGAUUUCAGCUGACAAAGGGUCAGCUGAGUAAACCGAGAACCCCGUUUGGAGAGGAGGAGCUAAUCAAAGCUGCACUGAAUUAGUUUGGCACACUUAAGUGGAUCAGGAAUCUGUGUUGCAUUAAGAAGCAGAAAAAAAGAAUCUUUUGUCUCCUUUAUUGCAGAAAAUACUUUAAAAAGAAACUGUCUUCCCCUCCC